CCGAAAUCGAAGCCAUUACCGCUGGAUCAGCCCGCAGCUUGAUGCACGACUCUUCUUUCCGAAUGCGCAGACCUUUUUGACGCCCAAUUGCACUUACGAUCGGUCGCUCGCUAUUACUGUUGAAGUCUGGAGCAUUCCCCAGCUCCCUCCACUAUGGACGCUGUACCCAUUAGCAAGAAGAUAAUUGCAUUCGGCAGCAAACAAAUCUUCCUGCCCAAAUUCACAAUAGCGCUCGUCCGCACACCGCACCUCUCCGCCUAUCACGCACGCUUCCUCGUCCCGCUCAACUUCUCCAAAUACGACCUCCGCGACUACCUCUACCAUGCGUACAACGUCAAGAUCUACAACAUACGCUCGUUUGUUAAGCAAGAGCCCGUGCGAGACACGCGCGAGCAGCCGCGGCACUGGUUCCGGCCUGACAGCAAGAAAUACAUGACGGUGGAGAUGGAGAAGCCGUUUGUGUGGCCGGCGGACCCGAAGAGCUGGGAACCAUGGGGUAAGGAGGAGAAGGAAGAGCAGGUAAAGUCUAUGCUUCGUUCUUUGACGCAUGGGCAGAUGAUGAAGGAUAAGAGGAAUGAGGCGGCGCAUCUGAGGAAGCAGGCAAAGGAGAUGCUGGGGUGGGCGGAGAAGAAGGCGAUGGAAGAGGCGGAGGAGGGGGGAGAGAAGAGAGAGGAGGCUGCGGAGGCAAGCCCAGAGAGGAAGAAGAGCCUGUUGGAAAUAUGGGAAGAGAAAAGGACACCGCAAAUGCUUGGAAGAUAAUGGACCGUGGUUUGCAGCCCGGGGUGGAGAUGCUGCCGGAUAGUGAGUGCUGGAGGCGUUGGCAGCUGUUGAUGGCAGAGCUCAAUGACUCUCAGUCUCGGACCUUGUAUAAUUUCGAUGUAAAUAUACAGUCGGAUUUAGCAGCCAAAGGGCGGCUGCGCGUUCUGUAAGAAUAUGGACCACGACACUUCAACCAAGUGCCUUCAUCACA